AAUUUUUAUUAACACAAAAUGUCAUUGAAUAGAAAUCUUAAAACUUAGAAUUUUCAUUUAUCCUGCAAAUGGUCGAAUAAUGAAAUGGCAGAAAUAUUUCGGCGCCAAUUUCAUUAUUCGACCUUUUGCAGGAUAAAUGAAAAUUCUAAGUUUUAAGAUUUCUAUUCAAUGACAUUUUGUGUUAAUAAAAAUUCGGACAAAUGAAGAUUUGAUUUAAUUAAAAUUCUGGCAUUUAAAAAUUCGACUCAGGCGAAAUUCUGUUUAAUAAGAAUUCUGAUAAAUAAAAAUUCGUGUUAAGAAGAAUGUGUUUGAAUAAAAAGUGUCCUAAAUGGAAAUUAUGUUGAAAGAAUAUGUUGUUAAAUAAGAAUUUUAUCACAUAGAAAUUCUGUUAAGUAUAAAUUCUUGUUAAUUUAAAUUCUAUUAAACAUUAAUUCGAAAAACACAAGUUCGAAUAAAAUGAAAUUCUAUAAAAUGAAAUUUCUAAAAUGAUUCAGAUUAUUGGCGAUUCAAACAGCUACACUAGCGCCACAGUUGAACUAAUUUAGGCGUGACUCGCUCUGUAGCACUCCAUGUGUUUUAAAUUAUUUUUUUUUAUUUAACGCUUAAAAAUAAUUUUACAAACGCAAUAAAAAUAUCAGAAUAAUUAAAUAAUUUGAAAUAAACUGUCAAAACAGAGACUGCUUUAGAGCGAGUCACGCCUAAAUUAGUUCAACUGUGGCGCUAGUGUAGCUGUUUGAAUCGCCAAUGAAAUAAUCAUGCGCCCUAAAAUUCAGCAUUAACAUUCGCUCCAUUAUCGACGAGGUCAUUUAAAGCUAAUUACACAGUUUAGACAAAUCAUUUAAACCUAAUUAAUAUAAGCUCUAUAUUAUAAGUCAAUUUGCAUGUCUAUAGUAAUAACAAUUUUGCUAUUAGUAGGAAAGAGUGGGGCAAAACCAGGUAGGCGGGUCAAACCGGGUACCCCCAGUUUUCCAUGAUAGGUAUUUCCAUUUGUGUCACCCUUUACAUAUAUCUUUUAUAUUACAACCAACAUCAUUUUAAUAUGGGAUCUGACAUUCGUACACAUGCCAUCUGGUGUUGAAAAAUAUAACUAGUUUUGGAUAACUGUUUGUGUCACUUGCAAUUGUAGUUCCGCUGUCAUUGUUAAUUAUUUUAUCAUUAUGAAUGAAGUUACAUUUUUACCGCGUGAGGAAUCUUCCUGCAGAAUUAAAUGUUCUGUGAGAGGCUGUGGCAGUACUGUAGCGAAAAAUUUAAGCAAAACUUUGCAGACCUUUUGAAUCAUGAUGCACAACGUUCGAGAAAUAAGUAGACAAAUGCAAAUGGCGAGUAUUGGAAGGAUUCAACAGAUUUUCGCUGGGGACGUUACUAAUCAAUUUAAAAAUGCAGUCAAAAGAAAUGACGAAGCUCGCAUCAAUGAAUUAAUCACGCAAAAAAAUUCUCUUGUGAGAGACAAAUUUAGCAACGAUACAUUUUUGCAUAUUGUUGCUAAGGAUGGAACACCAGAGGCUGCGAUUCGAUUAUUGCAACUUGGAUCAGAUGUUCACGCCAGGAACCUAGAGGGAAAAACUCCAAUUUUUUAUGCUUUAAAACAUUCUGCUUCAAUGAUUAGGGCUUUUUUAAAUAAUGCAGAAAUAAUUCAAAAAAAUAAUUAUACUUUACUUUUGGAUGCUUUAGUAAUUGGUUCGGAAGAAAUUGUAGGAGUUAUAUUAAGUAAAUGUCUUAUUAAAAUCGCGGAAUAUUCGUUACAAAAUGUAAUUUCACCCACAAGAUUACAAUCAGAUUUUUGCGAGUUUCAAGAUACCGAAAAUCUAAUAAAUUCUCUUUUGCGCAAUAGGUUCCAAUUAUUUCUAGAAGAACAAGAUUAUGUGCCUUUCAUUUUCUUUGUUGCGAAAAUUGGAAGAACCGAUAUUUUACAAUUAAUUCUAAACGAGUGCAGGGUCGUAUUGAAUGCUAAAGGAAGAAAUAAUGUAACACCUCUUCAUUUAGCAGUGAUUGCUCAACUUCCGGAAGUUGUGCUCUUUCUUUUAGAAAACGGCGCAAACCCGAACUGCCAGAUUCAAAAACAAAUAACACCACUGCACAUUGCAGCAUUUUUACAAAACGAAGAAAUUUGUGAGCUUCUCUUGAAUUUCGGAGCCGAUUGUAAUACAGGGUCGUUUGAUAUCGGAUAUCCAUUGCAUCUGGUUUGUGGAUCAAAUUAUGGACAGGUUCUCAAAAAACGGCUUAAUCAAACUUUUCUUAAUAUGUUCGGCAGUUGUAAAACAUUCGACGAAAAAACUAUCAAUCGUACAAUAAUGAAACUCUUACUAGAAAACGGAGCUAAUCCGGAAUUUCAGAGUCGUUAUCUAGAAUUACCCUUAUUAUACGCUUGUCGUUGUGAUCGUUUGGAAGAAGUAAAACUUCUUCUUGAAUUUGGUGCAAAUGUUCGAGCUGUGGAUAGUCAAGGAAAUUCGGCUUUACAUCAUGCAUGCAUUGGAAAUGCCUUUGAAAUUGUUAGACUGUUAUUAGAACAGGGUGUCGAUAUUGAAACAAAAAAUCAACGCAAUCAUACUCCAUUUAUAUUUUCAUUAAACAGUUCGUUAAAUCUGAAAAUGUUAGAAUUCCUCGUCGAUAAUGGAGCGAAUGUUAAUGCUGAAUUUUCAAGUGGAUUAUAUGAAGCACUUCGUUGUUCUUCGCCUAAUGUUGUCGAGUACUUAUUGGAACUAGGUGCGGAUUACUCAAUUUUGAAUAAAAAAUUUGUUGACGUUGAGGUUAGGGAAAUAGCUAAACAUAAACUUUUUAUAUCAUAUAUAACUUUGUAUAAAAAUGAAUCGCUUAAAAAUAUACAGCGUUUCUAUGAUGAAAACGAUUGUGAUAUGCAGAAAAAAAUUAUCGAUCAUUUUGACAAAUGUAAAUGCGAAAUUACAAAAUUGAAAAUGACAAAAAUUUCGGAAGAAUUAACAAUAUCUUAUUUUGAUUUCUUAACAAGGAAUUUUUAUAGUACUGUUCAGAUUUUCAAUAAUACAAAAUUGAGAAAAAUUUUAAGUUUCAAAACAGCGAAUUCGGAAUUCAAAAAUGAAUUUCCUUGUUAUAAUUACUUGUUAAGAAAGCAAUUUGAAAGGGUUAAAAGUUUAGAGAUUUUUGUUAAUAAAAGUUCCGAUUUUAUUUUUCAUUGUGGGGCACUUAAGGUGCCAAUUCUUGUCACUGAAAAAAUUUUGGGAAAUCUUUCCUCACAUGAUUUCCGAGUUCUGGGUACAAGUUUGUCUAAUGAAAACUUUUAAAAUCUACGUCACACUAUCUUAUUUACCAGAAAUGUAA